GGGAGGCUCGUGACCGGCUCAUGUAUAACUCGUCACUGAACUCGAGUAGUCGACAGGGUUCAUAGUGCAGUGAGCUAACUGCUAAUCAGCGCGCCACCACUCCCCACGGCACCCCACACGCACCCAGCACCCCCCCUCCCCCUUGGCCCUCGCUCCGCUCGCUGCUCUCACUCCGCUGCGCAGAUGCACGAGGAGGAGGAGGAGGAGUGGAGGAGCAGGUGAGACGACGACGAGGAUCAGAAGAAGAAGACGAGGAGAAGGAGGAGGAGGAGGAAGAAGGAGGAGGAGGAGAAAGGGGGAGAGGAAGAGGCGCUGCCGCGGUCCAAACGGGGUCCCGAAAGCGAUCGGGGGGUCGUUCGUGAAACUCCGUGACUCGAUAAACCUCUGCUCCGUCUCCCUCUUAGAGGGUCCCCUUCUUCUGACAGGGCCACCCGUCAACCUCGCUCCUACAGGACCCUUCUCUCCCUCCUACAGGGACCCCUGUCUCGCUCCUACAGGGAACCCCCACGUCUCCCUCCUACAGGGACCCCUCUCUCCCUCCUACAGGGACCCCUGUCUCGCUCCUACAGGGAACCCCCACGUCUCUAUCCUACAGGGACCCCUCUCUCCCUCCUACAGGGACCCCUGUCUCGCUCCUACCGGAACCCCCACGUCUCCCUCCGACAGGGAGCCCCCCAUCCCCUGGCCAGGAUGCGCUCUCUGCUCCCCCUGUUCGCGCCGCUGCUGCUGCUCGGAAUCGCGUGGGGGGCCCGCGCCCCCAAGCACUACACGAACCGCUGGGCCGUGAGCAUCGAGGGGGGCCCGGCUGAGGCGCAACGACUAGCGGAUAAGCACGGGUUCGUGAACCUGGGGCAGAUCGGAUCCCUUGACGGCUUCUACCACUUCCACCGCGGUCACGUGAUGCGGCGCUCCGCCCUCCCCUCCCACGGCCCCCACCUCUUCCUGCGCGCAGAGCCCCAGGUGAAGUGGAUGCAGCAGCAGACGGUGAAGCGGCGCGUGAAGCGUGACCUCGACUCCGGCAGCGACCCCACGGCCUUCAACGACCCCAAGUGGCCGUACAUGUGGUACAUGCACUGCGAGGAGGGGGCUGCCCACUGCCGGCCGGACAUGGGCGUGGGGGGCGCGUGGAGGCGCGGGUUCACGGGGAAGGGGGUGGUGAUCACCAUCCUGGACGAUGGCAUCGAGCGGACCCACCCGGACCUUCAGCAGAACUACGACCCCGCCGCGAGCUAUGACGUCAACGGCAACGACUGGGACCCCAUGCCGAGAUACGACGCCAACAACGAGAACAAGCACGGCACGCGCUGCGCGGGAGAAGUGGCGGCCACGGCGAACAACUCGCAGUGCACUGUGGGAAUCGCGUACCACGCCCGCAUCGGAGGCGUACGCAUGCUGGACGGGGAGGUGACGGACGCGGUGGAGGGGGCCGCGCUGAGCGUGGGCCCCCAGCACGUGGCCGUGUUCAGCGCCUCGUGGGGCCCAGACGACGACGGCGCCACUGUGGACGGGCCCGGCCUGCUCGCCAGCACGGCGCUGCUGCGCGGCGUGCGAGAGGGCCGCGGGGGUCUGGGCUCGAUCUUCGUGUGGGCCUCUGGGAACGGGGGCCGUCGACGCGACCACUGCUCGUGCGACGGCUACACCAACAGCGUGGCCACGGUGUCCGUGUCCAGCACAGCGGAGAGCGGUGCCGCGCCCUGGUACCUCGAGGCCUGCGCCUCCACGCUCGCCUCCACCUACAGCAGCGGGGAGGCCACCGACCGCAAGAUCAUCACCACGGACUUGAGGCAGCGCUGCACAGAGAACCACACGGGGACCUCGGCCUCCGCUCCCAUGGCAGCGGCCAUCAUCGCCCUCGCCCUGGAGGCCAACCCGCGGCUCACCUGGAGGGACGUGCAGCACCUGGUGGUGAGGACCUCCCGGCCUGCACACCUUGUGGCUCCAGACUGGACGACCAACGGGGCCGGGCGGCGUGUGAGCCACCUGUACGGGUUCGGGUUAAUGAACGCGGAGGCGAUGGUGGUGGCCGCGGCGUCGUGGCGCCGCGUGCCUGAGCAACGCACGUGCCGGGGCCACACGGACCGCACUCACACGUGGAUUCGGCCGGAGAAGAAGCUGGUGGCGAUCGCCAAGGUGAGCGGUUGCCGCGACGACCCGGCGAGCCGCGUCGCUCACCUGGAGCACGUGGUGGUGCGCGUGACGCUCACCCACGUGCGUCGCGGGGACCUCGCCAUCUUCCUCACCUCGCCGGCCGGCACGCGCUCACAGCUGCUCGCCAACCGGAUGUACGACCACUCCCAGGAGGGGUUCAAGGACUGGGAGUUCAUGACCUCGCACUGCUGGGGGGAGGCCCCAGGGGGGGUCUGGGUCCUGGAAAUCCUGGACACCCCCUCGCAGCCCCGCAACCCCAAGGCCAUGGGGAAGCUGAAGGAGUGGUCCCUGAUCCUGUACGGGACGGAGGAGCCUCCCCAGGGAGACGCGCCCCCCCCUGCGGCGAGGUCUCCCCUGAAGAGGGAAUACGCGAGGUCCCUGUCGGGGAAAAGGUCCCCGUGGUACGAUUGGUGGCCGGGGAGUGACAAGGACGAUCUGCAGCAACCCCAAGAAUACAUGGGACAAUGCUUCCCCGAGUGUCCGUACUGCGAUGGACCCAACCAGAGAGACUGCUUCUUCUGCGUCCACUUCAGCCUGAGAAACGGCACUGAGAGGUGGGAAUGGGGGGGUGCAGCAGAGGAGGAAGGGGGGAAGGUUAGCCAGUGUUGCUGCAGUCUGUCCUUAUGUGCCCGUUUCCUGUGUCACUGUGUCCCCGUGUCCCCGUGUUCCCGUGUCACUGUGUUGUCAUAG